AUGGCGUCGAAACUCGAUUUCCUUAAUCAAAAGGCGCCAGAGAACUACGUCGCUGGUCUGGGACGUGGUGCCACGGGCUUUACUACUAGAUCUGAUUUAGGUCCUGCCCGUGACGGUCCCAGCGAAGAUCAAAUAAAGGAGGCUCUGGCGAAACGUGCUGCGCAACUUGGUCUCGCGCCGGAUGGCAAAAAGAAGGAAGACGAUGACGACGACGAUGAGCGAUUUCAGGAUCCCGACAAUGAAGUUGGUCUCUUUUCUGGCGGCAUCUACGACAAGGACGACGAGGAAGCAGAUCGCAUCUGGGAAUGGGUAGACGAGCGCAUGGACCGACGGAAAAAGCAGCGUGAGGCUCGAGAACAAGCCGACCAGGAGGAAUACGAGCGCAAGAACCCCAAAAUUCAACAGCAAUUCUCUGAUUUGAAGCGUGCAUUGGAGACGGUCACGGACGAUGAGUGGGCAAACUUACCCGAGGUGGGUGACUUGACGGGCAAGAACCGACGAAGCAAGCAGGCAUUGCGACAGAGAUUCUAUGCUGUCCCGGAUAGUGUGCUCGCAGCCGCACGAGACUCGACCGAGAUGAGCACAACGGUCACCGAUGACGGCGUCGCGUCAAGUGCUCCAGACAAGGCGGACGGGACCAUGACCAACUUUGCGCAGAUUGGUGCUGCCCGUGACAGAGUGCUCAAGUCGAGAUUGGAACAAGCGUCCAAGAGUGCUGAUGCUUCGAAUGGUAGUUCGACGAGUAUCGAUCCGCAGGGCUACAUAACGAGCUUGAACAAGAUGCAGAUGAAUGAGGCACAGGCCCAAGUUGGAGACAUCAACCGAGUACGAGAGCUUUUGCAAUCCGUGGUCAAGACAAAUCCAAAUAAUGCGCUUGGCUGGAUUGCGGCGGCUCGAUUGGAAGAGUUGGCGGGCAAGAUUGUAGCAGCAAGAAAGACGAUUGACCAGGGUUGUGUCAGAUGUCCCAAGAGCGAGGACGCCUGGUUGGAGAAUAUUCGUCUAAACCACGAUUCACAAAAUGCCAAGAUUAUUGCAAGGAGAGCUAUUGAGGCGAAUAACCGAUCUGUGAGACUAUGGGUGGAGGCGAUGAGACUUGAAAACAUACCCAGCAACAAGAAAAGGGUUAUCCGUCAAGCGUUGGACCACAUUCCAGAAUCAGAAGCAUUGUGGAAAGAAGCUGUCAACCUUGAGGAGAACCAAGACGAUGCCAAGCUGAUGCUGGCCAAGGCAACAGAGCUGAUUCCAUUAUCGGUCGACCUGUGGCUCGCUCUGGCUCGCCUGGAGACGCCUGAAAAUGCGCAAAAGGUCCUCAACAGAGCUCGAAAGGCGGUCCCUACGUCCUUCGAAAUUUGGAUUGCAGCCGCCCGCUUGAUGGAACAGCUUGGACAAGCCAGCAAGGGCAACGUCAUGACCACUGCAGUGCGAGUCUUGGCCAAGGAAUCCGCCAUGCCCAAGCGCGAAGAAUGGAUCGCCGAGGCGGAAAAAUGCGAAGAACAAGGUGCCAUACUUACCUGUCAGAACAUUAUCCACGCCACACUUGGUUGGGGUCUGGACGAAGAUGAUGACCGCAAGGAUACAUGGAUGGAGGACGCGAGGUCCAGUAUCAAUAGGGGCAAAUACGACACCGCCAGAGCCAUUUACGCAUACGCCAUUCGUGUCUUCUACAAUAGCAGAACGUUGCGCAUGGCCGCUGCCGAUUUGGAACGAAAUCACGGCACCAAGGAAUCCCUCUGGGAAGUCCUCGAGCAAGCUGUAGACGCGUGCCCGACCAGCGAAGACCUGUGGAUGAUGCUCGCCAAGGAGAAGUGGCAAGCAGGUGAAGUGGACAAUGCCCGUCUGGUCCUGAAGCGAGCAUUCAACAAGAACCCCAACAACGAAGACAUCUGGCUCGCAGCCGUGAAGCUCGAAUCCGAAAACGACAAUGCCGAACAGGCCCGGAAACUGCUGGAAAUUGCGCGCGAGCAAGCCCCCACCGAUCGCGUCUGGAUGAAGAGCGUCGUCUUCGAACGUGUGCACGGCCAAGUCGAAUCAGCACUUGAUCUCGUCCUCCAGGCACUGCAGCUCUUCCCUGCCGCCCCUAAACUGUGGAUGCUAAAGGGCCAGAUCUACCAGGAUCUCGGCAAGACUAGCCAGGCACGCGAAGCAUACGCGGCAGGCGUGAAGGCUGUUCCUAAAUCCGUACCCCUAUGGCUACUGUACGCACGGCUCGAAGAAAAUUCCGGCAUGACCAUCAAGGCCCGCUCCGUACUAGACAGGGCUCGUCUUGCGGUUCCCAAAUCCGCACAGCUCUGGUGCGAAUCCGUACGUCUGGAACGCCGCGCAGGAAAUGUAACGCAGGCGAAAUCCAUUAUGGCGAAAGCGCAGCAGGAAAUACCCAAGAGCGGCCUCCUCUGGGUCGAGCAGAUUUGGCACCUUGAGCCGCGGACGCAACGCAAGCCCCGGAGUCUGGAGGCCAUCAAGAAGGUGGACAAUGACCCGUUGCUGUUUGUGGGGGUGGCGAGAAUCUUUUGGGCGGAUCGCAAGCUGGACAAGGCGCAGAAUUGGUUCGAGAAGGCGCUUGUUUUGGAUAGUGAUUGCGGAGAUAGCUGGGCGUGGUAUUACCGGUUCUUGUGUCAGCAUGGGACGGAGGAGAAGAGGGCUGAGGUGGUGAGUAAGUGUGUUUUGAGCGAGCCUAGACAUGGCGAGGUUUGGGAGAGGGUUGCCAAGGAGCCGGGGAAUGCGAGGAAGGGGGUGGAUGAAUUGUUGAAGUUGGUUGCUGAGGAGUUGGAGUCUUGA